AUGUCAAGUACAAUUACAGAAUAUACAUUCACUUGGCCAGAUGCAACCCCUAAUGAUGUCGUGUUUACAGGUUCGUUUGACGAUUGGAAAGGAUCUAUCCACAUGAACAAAGAUACAGCAAACGAACAGUUUUUUGUGACUUUUCCUGUUCAAGUUAGGGAGAAGUUCUUUUUUAAGUUUAUUGUUGACGGUGUAUGGUAUGUCAACAGAAACUACAAGACGGAAGUUGACUGGAGAGGGAUAGAAAAUAACUUUAUCGAUGACUGGGAUUUGGAACAGGUUAUGCCAAAGAGGGACACAGGUGUCGAAGUAGACAAUGUUGUCAACGAUGACGAGACUACUGAGAUUAGACAGUUGGAAGGUGAAUUGAAUGAGCUGAAUGAUGAAAUCCAAAUUAUUGAAGAGAAAUUUGUAACUGAGGUUCCACUUGAGGGUGAAGAUAAUCAUAUUUUACCAAUUUAUUCAAGCAAUGGCGUUUCUACUCCUCUAGAGAAAGAGAAAGUCGGAGAGGAACAACCUACUACAGUUGAGGGUGAACAGAAACAUGCUUCAAAUCCUGAGACAUCAGAAAAACCUACAUCGAAAAGCUCAGAUGGAACGAGUUCAAAACGAAGAAAAUAUAAAAUAAGAAGAGUUUUUCGCAAAAAUAAGAAAACUGGAGAAAGAGUCGAAAUAUCCCAAGAACUUAUUGAACUAAAAGAUGCAGAAAACAUGACAGAUGAUGGGUCCCUUACUGAAGAAGUAACACAUCAUGGUUUAGAACCAAACAAGGAAUUUAGUACGCCAGAAAUGGUUGCCGAUGCACCUUCAGAAGAUAAAAUUGAAAACCCUCUUGAAUCUGAGGCUAUUCAAAGUGAUGCGAUAGCUCAGAAAAUACUUGAGCCUGAGGUAAAAAUUAGUGAUACUCCAAAGAAUAGUGUUGAAAUCCCCUCAAUACAGGAGCCAGAAAAGAAGGUAAAGGAUGUACAAAUAAAUUCAAUGAAAGAAAAAAGCAAAGUAGGCAAGAAACCAAGCGCUAAAACAGGAACUAACUCGGCCGUUAAGAAUAGUAAACAAAAAACUCCAACAAACAAACCAAAGAGUACACAAGCAAAGAAACCAAUUAUCACCGGUGGCACUGUCAAGACAGAUACUGAGCCUGCAAAGAAAGGAAAGUUGGGAAAACUUAGAAAGAUAUUGUUUUGA